AUGCCUUCGAUCCGCCGUAGCGGCAACGGGUCCGGCCUAGCUCGAGAGACCGACGGUGACGAUGAGGUACCUGACGAGUCGUAUUCAGCUCAAGCGCCAACAGCAUCCUCGAAUACGACGGUCUUCUCGCAACCUCAGCUGGUGCCGGACGAGUUGGACGCCAACCGGUAUGUACUCGAGGACGAAUCCGCAUGGCCUUAUGAAGAAAAGCCGCCAAAGCCUACAAAGGCCCAACAGCAUACUCUUGAUUCGUACUCUCAUCUGCCGGGCGGCGCACAUCUGGCCAACAAGCUAUUCAACCGGCCCGACUGGCUGAAGCAAGACGAAGUCGUCACGAAACUGAAUACGGGUCAGGUGGUUCUAGUGGCUUGGCUUGCGGAAAGGCGUUUGACGCGGGAGGCCCGGGAACAGUGGAGUCGCUCGAUGAACGAUCGCUACAGGCUCGGUCUCACCAUUGCGAACAACGGCCUUCUCCAGGCGCCGUUGAUUGACGAAGGUCUCCCAGAGUAUCGCACGAGACAGUGGAAGUUGGUAGGGCGACUGUCUGAGAAGCGGUCGGUGCUCGGACGGGAAUAUUGGUCCUGGUUUGAACAUCCAGACACUUCUCUCGAUUGGAUACCGCCGAUACAUCGACAACAAAAAUACAGCAAUCCAAAGAAUAAGCAGCGCCAACCAGACAAAGGCAGUGCAGUGGAUGUAUAA